AUGCUGAUCGUCAAGAUGCCGUUGAUGGCGCUUCCUUCCCCUGAUGCACUCACAGUGCUCGCGAGACUUACAUCUGACCCGAACAAUAUUGUGUACAUUGUAUCUGGCUGUGACCAGGCGUUCCUCGAAGUACACCUAGGCCUUCCUGCGUCUUUGGAUGAGCAUGGUGGAUUCAUCUGUUCGCCCGAUAGUACCGUAUGGAUGAAUUUUACUGUGAGUUUGGAUAUGGGCCGGAUGGAGGAAGUGGCAGAGAUUUUCAGAUAUUACACGGAGCGUACUACUGGGAGUCAUCGAGAUGAAGAAGAGCUCGAUUACCGGUCGACUGAUCCCGAGUGGGGUGGUGACAACGUCAAUGGGCUUGAUCCCAAUGAUCGAACCCCGGAUCCUGAAAGGCUCCUCAGGUUUGUGCUUGACUACCUCAUCAUAAUCGACACGAACAUCCUCCCCCAUAUUAGUGCCUACUUUCAUUCCACCGCUACCCUCAAUUACGUUCGUGGCCUCCUCACAUCCGGAUUCGCUUCAUCACCCGUGGGACUGGUUCCUCUCACAUGUCCGUUCGCCAGCAUUACGGUCAGCUCCCUGAUGGCAUGGUAUAGUGUAGUGGAUCAAGUUAAUGGUAUCGGAAAUUGCAGCCAUGAAGGUUUAAAGUUGGACUGGGAACAAGCAAUGUCACGGGAAGUCGAUAUCACUGGGUCAGGAUCGUCUCUGAAGGAAAGGGGUUUCUACAAUACUUCCGCCCACUUUCUAUGGGUUGGCGACCGUAUGCGACAACUGGAUGGCGCCCAUAUUGAAUAUUUCCGAGGUAUCCGCAAUCCCAUCGGCAUCAAGGUCGGACCUUCAUUACAAAACGAGGAACUAAUCAGGCUCCUACAAAUCGUAAAUCCAAACAAAGAAAGUGGUCGCGUGACACUCAUCACAAGAUAUGGAGCAGGAAAAAUCGGGGACCACCUCGCUGGCCACAUCGAAGCCGUUAAGUGCUCUCAACACCCGGUCGCAUGGGUGUGUGAUCCCAUGCAUGGAAACGGCUUCAAAAUACGCAACUUUGGAACUGUCAUAAGUGAGCUGACUUCCUGCAUCCGUAUCCAUGCUGCAUGUGGUUCUCGGCUUGGUGGAGUUAGUCUUGAGUUCACAGGCGAGCUUAAUGACGAAGGCUUCAGCGUGACAGAGUGUCUUGGCGGAAGCAUGGAGCUCAGCGAAGAACAACUGGGGCUCAGAUAUCAUUCAUUCUGUGACCCCCAACUCAAUUUCGAGCAAUCAAUAGACGUCGCCUUCCUUAUAUCGAACUACUUCAAGGAGGAAAGGCUUGGUGACAAAGGAGAAAACGGUAUCUAUGCUGCCCUUGGAGGAAGAAAAAUAAUCUCAUAG